GAUUUUGAGCUAGAUACUGAUUUUAUUUUUCAGGCGAUAGAUGGGCGAUGUUGCUGUGGAGAGCAAUGCGGCGAUUUCAGAGGCUGUCGCUGAGUUGAACAUGGAUUCCAAGCCGUCGGUUCAAGAUCCCACCGAGAAUCCGACACCAAACGUCGCUGAAGAUGACGAUGAAGAAGAUUUUGUGGAUCCUUGGACUGUCAAAACAACGUCGGCAAGAGGAAUCGACAAAGCGAAACUUAUCGAGAGGUUCGGGAGUUCUAAAAUUGACCAGCCAUUGCUGGAAAAAUUAGAAGCAGUCACUGGAAAAAAGUGCCACAGGUUUUUGAGACGCGGUCUCUUCUUUUCACACCGGGAUUUCAACUGGAUUCUGUCGCGCUAUGAGAAAGAAGAGCCAUUCUAUCUAUACACUGGAAGGGGUCCCAGCAGUGACUCGAUGCAUGUAGGACACCUGAUUCCAUUCGUGAUGACAAAGUGGCUUCAGGACAUGUUUGACGUGCCGUUGGUCAUUCAACUAACGGACGAUGAAAAGUCACUAUGGAAAGGUCUGUCCAGAAAGGAGGCCAUGAAACUUGCACGCGAGAACACCAAAGACAUAAUCGCUUGCGGUUUUGACGUGGAUAAAACCUUCAUUUUUAGCGACUACCAAUACAUGGGCCAACGACCCGAGUUUUACGGAAACAUAAUUGACAUUCAAAGAUGUGUAACUUUCAACCAGGUCAAGGGAAUCUUUGGUUUCGGUGACAGUGAUUGUAUUGGAAAAAUAGCGUUUCCGGCCGUGCAGGCGGCCCCGGCUGUCGCCAGUUCGUUUCCGGAUACAUUCGGGGAGAAUAAAUCGGUGCCUUGUCUGAUUCCGUGUGCAAUUGACCAGGAUCCCUACUUCAGAAUGACGAGAGACGUCGCACCCAGAGUGGGUUUCCCCAAACCGGCUCUGCUGCACUCGACAUUUUUUCCAGCUCUGCAGGGAGCUCAGUGCAAGAUGUCAGCGAGUGACGAAACCUCUUCGAUUUUUCUUACAGACACAGCCAAAAAGAUAAAGACUAAAAUCAAUAAGUAUGCGUUCUCUGGCGGACAAGCUACGGUAGAAGAACAUCGAGAGAUAGGCGGCAACUGUGAUGUAGAUAUAGCCUACCAGUAUCUCACGUUUUUCCUGGAAGACGACGAAGAGCUGGAACAAGUAAGACAAGAUUACACCAGUGGAAAAUUACUAACGGGUGAAUUGAAAGCUAAAUUGAUCGGUUUGUUGCAAGAAAUAGUUGCUGAUCAUCAGAAACUUAGAGCGGAGGUUACGGAAGAUGUUAUUGAUGAGUUUAUGCGACCGAGAAAGCUCAAGUCGAGGUUUGAGACCAAAAAAUGAGCCUUGAAAAUGCAAGAAUUAAUUUUGUAAAAUGCUUCGAUUGUGAAAGGGCUAAUGAAUGUAAUAUUUGUUUUAUAUGAAAUGAGCUUUAAAAAUACUCGAAUCUUCAAAGUAAAUCAGCCGUGAGAGAUUAGUUUGCUUUGAAACCAGCAAAUGCUGGUUUCAAAGAAAGUAAGGGUAUUUUAUAGUGCUCAGAG